UGGGUACCGGCCACCUUCAAGGAGCCCGAGCGGAUCCUCACGAUGUUGCAGAGAUGCAACCCCACACUGCCAACCUCAGAUUGGAAAGUGGUUAAAGUGGAGGCAUCAAAGGGCCCCACAAAUCAGGCGGUGGUUAUCCUGAACAAGGAAUCGCUAGCCCCGAUCGAGGCAGCAAGGGGAGAGCUUAACUUCGGGUUCAGCUCGGUGACCAUGAAGGUCUAUAAGUCGGAUGCAGCGGCCGAGGCGCGUUCUGUCAACAACCCAGUUGAGCAGGACGUUGUCUCGGAGAUCGAGGCACCCGAAGUAGACCCGGAGCCGGAGCCGGCCCUGGAGAGCUACUCCUCGGAGACGGAGCUGAUGUUCGAUUUUGAGGCGCUGUGUCGGGACGAGAUCCUCGACGACUCGGACGCCGAUAUAACAGUGGUGGAGAAUGACUCUAAUGAAGUCUCUGAGGCUUCUGCAGAUUAAUCUCCACCACUGUAAAGCAGCAUCCGCUGCCCUGAUACACCGCUUAGUCGCGAGCGGAGGGGACAUAAUCCUAAUCCAAGAGCCCUGGGUGGUAGGAGGCAGGGUCUGUGGAUUAGCGACGAAGGACUACAAGCUGAUUGUAGCCCAAACUGAAGCAAUGGCGACAACACGGCGGCUAGCCUAGAGCUACAAGGGACACGCCUGAACCUGGUGU